AUGGAGAUUGAUGACCUCUCCAGCAACAUGGAGGCUGUUGCUAAAGCAAAGGGCAACUUGGAGAAAAUGUGCCGUACUCUUGAGGACCAACUGAGUGAACUCAAAUCCAAAAAUGAUGAGAAUGUCCGCCAGUUGAAUGACAUUAACACACAGAAGGCCAGACUGCAGACGGAGAAUGGUGAGUUUUCCCGCCAGCUGGAAGAGAAGGAAGCUCUUGUUUCCCAGUUGACCAGGGGCAAGCAGGCCUACACUCAGCAGAUUGAAGAGCUUAAGAGGCAUGUUGAGGAGGAAGUUAAGGCCAAGAAUGCCCUGGCCCAUUCUGUUCAGUCCGCUCGCCAUGACUGCGAUCUGCUCAGAGAGCAGUUUGAGGAGGAGCAGGAGGCCAAGGCUGAGCUGCAGCGAGGAAUGUCCAAGGCCAACAGUGAGGUGGCUCAAUGGAGAGCUAAAUAUGAGACUGAUGCUAUCCAGCGCACAGAGGAGCUGGAGGAGGCAAAGAAAAAGCUGGCCCAGCGCCUUCAGGAGGCUGAGGAACAGAUUGAGGCAGUGAAUUCCAAGUGUGCUUCUUUGGAGAAAACCAAGCAGAGGCUCCAGAGUGAGGUGGAGGACCUCAUGAUUGAUGUGGAGAGAGCCAAUGGGCUGGCUGCCAACUUGGACAAGAAGCAGAGGAACUUUGACAAGGUCUUGGCAGAAUGGAAGCAGAAGUAUGAGGAGAGCCAGGCAGAGCUGGAGGGAGCUCAGAAGGAGGCUCGUUCUCUCAGCACUGAGCUCUUCAAGAUGAAGAACUCUUAUGAGGAGGCUCUGGAUCACCUGGAGACCAUGAAGCGUGAAAACAAGAACCUCCAACAGGAGAUCUCAGAUCUGACUGAACAGAUUGGUGAGACUGGCAAGAGCAUCCAUGAGCUGGAGAAGGCCAAGAAGACUGUGGAGACUGAGAAGUCUGAAAUUCAGACCGCGUUGGAGGAAGCUGAGGGUACACUGGAGCAUGAGGAGGCCAAGAUUCUCCGUGUUCAGCUUGAGCUCAACCAGAUCAAAGGUGAGGUUGACAGGAAGCUGGCAGAGAAGGAUGAGGAGAUGGAGCAGAUCAAGAGGAACAGCCAGAGGGUGAUCGACUCCAUGCAGAGCACUCUGGAUUCUGAGGUCAGGAGCAGGAACGAUGCCCUGAGAAUCAAGAAGAAGAUGGAGGGAGACCUAAAUGAGAUGGAGAUUCAGCUGAGCCAUGCCAACAGGCAGGCUGCUGAGGCCCAGAAACAACUGAGGAAUGUCCAGGGACAGCUCAAGGAUGCUCAGCUGCACCUUGAUGAGGCUAUUAGAGGCCAGGAGGACAUGAAGGAGCAGGUCGCCAUGGUGGAGCGCAGAAAUGGUCUGAUGGUGGCUGAGAUUGAGGAGCUGAGAGCUGCUCUGGAACAGACAGAGAGAGGACGCAAAGUGGCUGAGCAGGAGUUGGUUGAUGCCAGUGAGCGCGUCGGACUGCUUCACUCACAGAACACAAGCCUUAUGAACACCAAGAAGAAGCUUGAGGCUGACCUUGUCCAGGUUCAGGGUGAAGUGGAUGAUACUGUUCAGGAAGCAAGAAAUGCUGAGGAGAAAGCCAAGAAGGCUAUCACUGAUGCCGCCAUGAUGGCAGAGGAGCUGAAGAAGGAGCAGGACACCAGUGCUCACCUGGAGAGGAUGAAGAAGAACCUGGAAGUCACAGUCAAGGACCUGCAGCACCGUCUGGAUGAGGCUGAGAACCUNGGCAAGAAGCAGCUCCAGAAACUUGAGUCAAGGGUGCGUGAGCUGGAAACUGAAGUUGAAGCUGAGCAAAGACGUGGAGCCGACGCCGUUAAAGGAGUCCGCAAAUAUGAAAGAAAAGUGAAGGAGCUGACGUACCAGACUGAGGAGGACAAGAAGAAUGUGACCAGACUUCAGGAUCUGGUGGACAAGCUGCAGCUCAAAGUCAAAGCUUACAAGAGACAGGCUGAGGAGGCUGAAGAGCAGGCCAACGGCCACAUGUCCAGGCUGAGAAAGGUUCAGCAUGAGCUGGAGGAAGCUCAGGAGCGCGCCGACAUCGCAGAGUCGCAGGUCAACAAGCUGAGAGCCAAGAGCCGGGAGGCUGGAAAGGUAUCUUUUGCUGAUUGUGGCGAGCCUGCUGAGUAA